GCAGUUGUUUCCGUGGGGCAGUUGUUCCCCCCCCCCCACCCCCUCAGACCAUGCACCGAAGGCGCCACCGAGGCCUCAGCACCGUGGGGGGGCCCUUCUCAAGGCUCCCCCCCCCGCCCCCCAGAAGACCCCGAUCUCUUCCUGGAGCCCACCCAGAGAUUCUUGCUGCUGGCAGGCCAGGGGUGGAGUCCGGACCCAGGGCCCUGCCUCGUCAGCGACUCGGAGGACGACAAGCUGCCCUGGCGCCCUGCCCUGGGAGACGCUGGCUCACCCCGAGUCAUGCCGGAGAGCAACCUGGAGGAGACAGAUGCGUGCUCAGAUGUUCUGAGGCCCCAAAAAUGCUGCCAUACCUCUGCGCGGGGCCAUCUCCAAGAUGUGGCCGCACCUUGCCCAGAUCCAGAUGUCAGAGAACCCAAAAAAGCACCGGUUUGGCCCCCAAAACACCCCGGAUCCAGAUGUGGGGAAAAAAAUGGCUAUUCCAAAUGUUCAGCCCCAAAAUCACUCUGUGAACACCAAAAUGCUUGUGAAUCCAGAUGUGAAACAUCUGAAAGGCAGCAACCUGACUCUCGACAUUGAGAGUAAUACCGGGGUCAAGGUGCCCCCCAAAACUGGUCUUUUCAACCCGAACCGCCACCGGCCUACCACAAAGGUGAGCAGCAACCCAGAUGUGGAGGAAAGGGGCCCAGAUCCAGAUGUUGGGUGUCCAGAAAGCCACAGAACAGCCCCUGGAGACCCAAAUGUGAAGACGGAGACCACAGAUCAAGAUGUUGAAGGACAACGGACUCUCCUGGUGGAGAGUGAUACAGAUGUGGAGGAGGAUAUUUCCAAUCCAGCUGUUGAGCUUCCAAAAACCCAUCGAGCAACCCAAAAUGUACCGAGAAACCCACAUCUGGAGAUGGAGAGCCCAAAUCCACAUGCUGAAGGACCCCGAAACAAACAUUGGACAAUUGUGGUGGACAGCGAUACAGAUGUGGAGAACGAGGUGAAUCCAGAUGUUGGGCAUCCAAAAGUCCAUAGAAUUGUGUGCAGAGACCCAGAUGUGGAGGGGGAAACCCCAAAUCCAAGUGUUAAAGAACCCCCAAAGAAAUAUUGGAGCCUAGAGGUGGACAGUGACACCGACAUUGAAGAAGACUGGAGUCAAGCUGCUCUUCGCCCAAAAAGCCACAAAACACCCCAAAACACCCGGAAAGACCCAACUGUGGUGAUGGAGACCCCGAAUCCCGAUGUUGGUGGCCUCAGCCGUGGCUCAGUGGCCUCCAAUGGUGACAGCGAUACAGAUGUGGAGGACCUCGAUGCCCUUCCCAAAGUUGGAGCUCCAAAAGCACGUGGGACAACCCCUGAGGUCAUGGAUACAGCUGCUAAGAUGGCCGCUGCUCCCAGAUAUGUGGCCGUGACGUCCCUAAAUCCAGAUGUUUCCCCUCCUGCCAGCCCGCGGGAGAGCAGCGACACCGACGUGGAGAUGUUGCCCCCCACUCCAGAUGUUCGGGGGCCUCCGGAGCCGAAUCAGAAGUUUUCUGCGCCCAAAUGCCCCCGUCUGACCCCAAAUUUGAGUGACGCUGCCGAUACCGAUGGCGGACCCAGGAGCGCCGGGGCCACGGGCGCGGUGGUGACAGAGAGUGACACCGAGGGGUGGAGUCCGGACCCAGGGCCCUGCCUCGUCAGCGACUCGGAGGACGACAAGCUGCCCUGGCGUGAGUUUGCGAGGACCGCGGGGUGGGGGAACGCGCUGCUAUCGUUGGGCCUACUGAAACACAAGGGGGUGGUUAUGGCCCUGCCCUGGGAGACGCUGGCUCACCCCGAGUCGUGCUGGAGAGGAAGACGGAGACCACAAGAUCGAGAUGUUGAAGGACGACGGACUGUCCUAGUAGAGAGCGAUACGGAUGUGGAAGAGGAUAUUUCCAGUCCAGGUGUUGAGCCUCCAAAAACCCAUCGAGCAACCCAAAAUGUACCGAGAAACCCACAUCUGGAGAUGGAGAGCCGAAAUCCACACGCUGAAGGACGCCGAAACAAACAUUGGACAAUUGUGGUAGACAGCGAUACAGAUGUGGAGGAGAACGAGGUGAAUCCAGAUGUUGGGCAUCCAAAAGUCCAUAGAAUUGUGUGCAGAGACCCAGAUGUGGAGGGGGAAACCCCAAAUCCAAGUGUUAAAGAACCCCCAAAGAAAUAUUGGAGCCUAGAGGUGGACAGUGACACCGACAUUGAAGAAGACUGGAGUCAAGCUGCUCUUCGCCCAAAAAGCACAAAACACCCCCAAAACACCCGGAAAGACCCAACUGUGGUGAUGGAGACCCCGAAUCCCGAUGUUGGUGGCCUCAGCCGUGGCUCAGUGGCCUCCAAUGGUGACAGCGAUACAGAUGUGGAGGACCUCGAUGCCCUUCCCAAAGUUGGAGCUCCAAAAGCACGUGGGACAACCCCUGAGGUCAUGGAUACAGCUGCUAAGAUGGCCGCUGCUCCAGAUGUUGACCCCGAGGGACGGCCGCGGACCAACGCCGAUCCAGAUGUGAAGGUGUCGUUCCCAAAUCCCGACGCUGGCGCCCUCAAAGCCGAGUGCCCCCUCCUGGAUGUGGGCAGUGACACAGAUGUUGAGGACAAUGGUGUCAUUCCAGAUGUUGGGACAGUGCAAGGGUGUCAGGGGGCAUCUGGUGACCCAGAUGUGGCCGUGACGUCCCCAAAUCCAGAUGUUUCCCCUCCUGCCAGCCCGCGGGAGAGCAGCGACACCGACGUGGAGAUGUUGCCCCCCCACUCCAGAUGUUCGGGGCCUCCGGAGCCGAAUCAGGUUCCAAAAUCACCCCCAUCCAGACGUUGCGGGCCCCACCACAGGCCGCGACACCGAUGCGAAGGAGACGGCCCGAAAACGCCGGAAAUUGUCCCCAAAAAGGCAGGGUUCCCCCCCCAAAUCUGUCUGACCCCAAAUUUGAGUGACGCUGCCGAUACCGAUGGCGGACCCAGGAGCGCCGGGGCCACGGGCGCGGUGGUGACAGAGAGUGACACCGAGGGUAAGCGGGGUCCCCUCCCCGACCCCUGGGUCCCCUCCCGGACACCGGGGUCCCUUCUCAAGGCUCUUCCCCCCCCCCCCCAGAAGACCCCGAUGUCUUCCUGGAGCCCACCCAGAGCUUCUUGCCACCGGCAGCUGAGGGCACAGCCCUGGGUUGGGACCCCGAGCAGCCCACCCAACCCUUCUGCCCCGCCGAGGAGGAAAAAGAGGAGGAGGAAGAAGAAGAAGAAGAAGAAGAACAGCCCCCCCGGGAACCCCCCCAGGAACCCCCGGCUGCCUGGGUGCCGCCGGCCCAGGAGGGGACGGGGACCGCAGCGGCCCCCAGCGAGGACGUGGGGGAGGGGCCCCCGCCGCAGCCAGCGCCUGGCCAGGAGCCGAGGGGGUGGAGCCUCUGGCGAGGGCGGAGCCAGCAGGGUUAGGGGCGGAGCUCCCCCUGUUACCGCCCCCGUGCGGCGCAGCCCCCGCCUCCAGGCCCGCCCCCCUCCGCUGGAGCCGCCAGCCAUGAAGGGGCGGGGUCAGGUGGAGCCCCGCCCCCCCGCCAAACCACGCCCCUGUCGGGCAGGCCCUGGCCCAUCGGAGCGGCAAGCUCAGGAAAAAGAGAAGGAGCUGCCAGAGGUCACAGGGCCCCAGCUCCGCCCCCGGGGGGGCCCUGCCUCCGUCCCCCCCAAGGUGCUGUUCACGGGGGUGGCAGCCUCCCCAGAGAUGGAGGUGGCCCUGAGGACACUGGGGGGGUCCAUGGCCACCUCCGUCUUCGACUGCACCCACCUGGUGACCGACCGCGUCCGACGCACGGUCAAGUUCCUCUGCGCGGUGGCCCGCGGUGUCCCCAUCGUCACCCCCGAGUGGCUCCACAAGAGCACCCUCAGUGGCCACGUCCUGGUGCCGGAUCCCUUCCUGGUGUGUGACGGCCAGCAGGAACGUCACUUCGGCUUCAGCCUGGCCGACGCCCUGCGCCGCGCCCGCCACCACCCCCUGCUCCAGGGCUACGAGGUCCACGUCACCCCCAGCGUCCACCCUGAGCCCGAGCUCAUGAGGGACAUCGUCACCUGCAGUGGUGGCACCUUCCUGCCCGCCAUGCCACACACCUAUAGGCCACGGCGCCUGGUGAUCUCCUGCGAGGCGGACAAAGGGUGCUGGGCCCCGGCGCUGGGCGCCCGCCUGCCCCUGGUAUCAGCCGAGCUGCUGCUGACGGGGCUCCUGCGACAGCGGCUCCAGCUCCAGCCCUUCCUCCUCCUCCCCGCGACCCCCCCCCCGUUCUCACGUGACCCCCCCAAAUCCCCUCAAGGUUUCUACAGUCCCUCCGGGGGUCCUUAGUCACCCCCCCGAGGAUCCCUGGGGUAUUCCCGGGUCCCCCCCGAGAAUCCAGGAAGGUGGCGGGACGUAGUAGUCGGAAUCGACAACCCCCCCGGGAAACUUCUCGGGGCAACCGGCGGCAACCGGCGGCCCCCCAAUAAAAGAGAGUUUUGGUAGCAAAA